UCAGUCGCCGCCGCCGUUAAUAUUUGUCGGCGCAGGGCUCUGGUGCGGUUUUGUUUUUUUACGCGAAAAUUUAUAAUUUUUAUUAAUUAUUGUUAAUAUUACACAAAAAUGCCUGAAACUUUAGUAAACAAUGAAGUAGAGACCUUAACAAAUGAAGCAGUAAAAUGUGAGUCCACAGAAUCUCCCAGUACGGAGAAGGCGGCAAAAACUGAAAGCAACAAUGAACAAGAAACAACAACUCCUGUGAAAACACCAAAUUAUGAUUUAAACAAAUUUCGCUUGCAGCGUAUACUUAACAAUAAUACUCGUAAUAAGAGUAUAGCUUUAUUGGGUAAUUUCCCCGAUUUAUCGCCAAGUGAUAAGGCCAUUGUUAUAUUUGAGAAGAAGGCAUUCCAAGAAAGUGAGGUUGCUACCGGCAAAGACGAAGAAGAAGAAGAGAAUGCCAAAGAAAAUGGCAGUAAGGAAAGUGUUAAAGAAAAAGUGGAGACGGCAGAGGAGGAGGAGCCAAUGAAACCUACUUAUUUUUGCAGUGAUUUAAUAGUACAAACACAAUUUAUCAAUAAUAUUUAUGGCAGCUAUCAAUGUACACCACCGGCUAAAUUAAGUGGUGUUAAGGCCACUGUUGUUUAUCCUGCUACUGAUAAACACAUCGAAAAGUAUUCCAUUUGUCAGAAAUUUGUAAUAAAUGAAACUCCUGAGCUAUACAAAGAAAUCACACUUCCUUACAUUACCACCAGUCAAUUUUCCUUAGAGUGGGUUUACAAUAUUUUGGAACAUAAACAAGAAAAAGAACGUAUUAUUUUUGAAGAUCCUGAUCCAGAAAAUGGUUUCAUACUCUUGCCUGAUCUUAAAUGGGACGGACGUAAUGUUGAAAAUCUGUAUGUCUUAGCUAUAACUCAUAAACGUGAUAUUAAAUCUCUGCGAGAUCUCAAUUCUUCACACCUUCCAUUAUUGCGCAAUAUACGCUCACGUAUUGCUGAGGUAAUAGAAACGCGUUACGGUAUACUAGCUACUCAAUUACGCAUGUAUUUCCAUUAUCAACCUUCGUUCUAUCAUCUGCACAUACACAUUAAUCCUGUACGCAAUGAUGCUCCCGGUAUUUGGUGUGAAAAAUCUCAUAUGUUAGAUACUGUUAUAAAUAAUUUGGAACUUUUACCCGAUUAUUAUCAAAAAGCUACUCUGCCGUUUGUUUUGUAUGAUGGCAAUAAACUUUUGGAAUUAUAUGAAGCUAAAAUGACCAUUAGAAAAGCACUUAAACGUUCAGCGGAAAAAGUGGAUGCUACAGCAGAGGAGAAAGAUGAUGUUGACGAUGUUAAAGCUAAAAAACCAAAACUUAGCGAAGAGACUAAUGAAGCUUUGGACGAACCAAAGGCUGUGACUAACUAAUAAUUGUGUUUGUGUUAUUAUAAUAGUAUUGGACUGUUAUGAUUAACGUACUUAGAACAUACAUACUUUUUUUGCAAUUAUAAUUAAGUCAAAAUUUUAACAUUUUAUUAUCUUUAAAAAUUAAUUAAAUGAAGAAACUAUUUACGUUUUAAAUCUUGA